AUGAACAUUGCCAUGCCUUUGUUUGUAACGACAAUAUACCAAAGAAGCAAUAAUUUCACCAUACUAAAAAUUAAAAAUGUUAAAGCACUGCAACACUCAUUUCAUCACAUUAAAUGUUACAACUAUUUUAAAAAAACACUUUAAUUUCAUAUAUUUAACUUGCAGGUUGUUUGGGAAGAAUGGACUGAAAAACUAAACAGCAUGGAGCUUGCUGGAGCUUUUGUGUUUUUUUCAUAUGUAGAAUUUGACAAAUUUGUUAGACAUAUUCUGUCAAGGAUACAAGUACUACCAACAAAUGUUCUAGCGAAAGUUAUUUCUGGUCGCUAUCUUUUGAUAAUUUUUCCAGCAAAACAUUUAUUCACAGCUGCCUAUCAUCUGUUGUGUAACAGCUUUCCUGAUAUCAAGUGCAUUGUGUAUCAUUCACCGUUGCCGGGUUUUAUACUUGAUGCUGCCUUCAGAUUCCAAAACAGUAUCUGGUAUGGAGGAAAUCAAAAGAAAAUUGAGGACAACGCUGCCCUCUCUGGAUGACCUAGCUGUGAGGGUUUUGUUAGAGAAGCUUGACAGCCUUGGGGUGGAGAAUUUGGCGGAUCUUGGCCUUCUUCAGUAUGAAGACUUGAGUGGUGUGUUAAAACCAGUACAGAUCAGGAAGCUGUUGAGGCAGGAAUGCUGUGCAGAUGCUUCACCAGCUUCAACAAGUGGCCAAGCAUCAUCACAGAGUUCUUGUCCUACAAGCCCAGAAUCUGUGGGAUCAGUCAUUACUCCACGUCCUAUCCAUAUUUUCCGUGACUCAUGUAAUCAGAAUCCAAACUGGGCAAUGACUCUGCAGUUGCCAUGGGAGGAACUGCCUGACAUAGUGACACUACUUGAGCAAGGGAAGCGGCUCCCACAACCCCUUAGAUACACUCUAGUGAGAUCUGUGACUGAUAGAGUGCGGACCAAGACACACAAAGCUACAAAGCGCCAGUUUGGUAUAAUAGCCCAACGUAUGGUGUCAAAGUACCCAUCUUCUCUUCAAGAUAAAAUUGACAACCUUAUAAUUGGCACUGGGUAUGAUUCCAUUCAGGCACAACUAGUUUCCAGAAAUGAAAACCUGAACAGGCCAAAGGACUCAGCUCUUACCUUGAGGAGAAGAUCUGCCUCCAGUGAAGGAGAAGAUGACAAGGUUUCUAAAGUGCCACCUAAGAGAAAAAUGGCAACCGAUUCUUAUGGAUGUGUGAAUUGGGAACCUGUUGUGAAUGACGAUCAACUUCCUGAUCUUGAGGAUAAAAAGAAGAAACUCCAAGACCUACACAAAUGUGACCCCAAGGAUUAUGAUUGGAGCAGGAUAGAAACAUUAAUGAAGGAAACGUUUCCUUUACAGAGACAUUGUAUUAACUACUCUGUUUUGGAUGAAACUCUAACAAAGGAUUGGCCAUUUUUGGGAGAUCAAAGGGGACUCCUAUGUCAUUUUGAAAGCUUGAUUGGUUUUCAUGCGAGAACCAUGUUGGAACAGGCAUAUGACCGCAAAGUGCGCACACUAAACAGAUACUUUCAGAGCGAUGGUUGCGCAAUCAGAGAAGCUGCAAAUGAACUCUUUGCCAAGGCAAAGGAACAGUCAGAGCAGGAUAAUGUCAAGGCUUACUUACCUGUGGUGAUUCUGUGCCUAAUGAAGUUCUUCAGUGAGAAAGAAGAGAGUCUCUUUCUUGUUGUUGAUGCUACGAAGACUGCGACUGAGGUUGAAGAGGAGAACAGCAUCAACUGGCCACGGAUGGUGUUUCUUGGUGAUUCAUACCUAAAUGCUGAGCAGUUUAUGGUUCUAGUUGACGGAAGAGUUCUGGUGAAAAGAAUGACCAGCUUCAUCUCCAGCCUUGCUGUUUUGUUUGGGUCUUAUUAUGUUUUCAACAUUCAGUAUCCAGCAAGUGCUGUUGCAACGCUUGAGUUCAUGCAGAGGUGCUUCUUUGAAAUAAACCCCGACAAGGGAUCCAAGGCAAACAAAAAGAAGAAGACUUCAGCAGUCAACCCCAGGGUGCUGAAACUAAUCCACCAACUAUCCAGUUUCGAAUGGACUAAUGGACUAAUUCCUAGCUGUUAACUUGCUACUGACAGUUGUGAAUUACUUUCAAACGAAAGCAGAUGUUAGUUUGCUGU